AUGAUCCCCAGACUCAUUUCUGAGAGUGUAUGGAAGAAUCUCACUACUGAAUUUUCCAUCAUCAGAACCAACUACCGUUGUGAAUCUCCAGUCAAAAUGUACUACGAACUAUUUGCUAUCACACGUAUCCAUGAUCCUGUCGCAAUGAGCAGAGAAGCAAGCAAGGUCGCUUCAACUGUUGGCAAGUUGAUCUUGAACAACAGAGGUCUUGUAAGAAACAUCACCAGUCUAGGCCCAAGACCGCUUCCCAAAAUCAUGACCAAAGAUCGUGAACAGCAUUUUCAGGGUUUCCACUUUGUAAUGGGAUUCGAUUCGUCUUCCGCUGUGCAACAAGAACUCGUGAGAACUUUGCGCAGAGACCCUAGAAUCUUGAGAUGUAGUGUCGUGAAAAUCGACUUGGCUAAGAAACUAAAUGCUUCUACAUCUUAUGAAAAGGUAUUUAACUCGGUUUCGAUCUCUUAG